GUGAAACGCGUGCACUUUUUAGCGGUCCAGUUUAAUGUUAACAUAUUUUUACCUUCUUAUUUCUUUGAUCAGAAAAAGUAGCAUUCUCAACAAAGCGAAGAUAUUUUGAAGUAUGGAUGAAGUGCUUUUGUCCAUUCCAUAUAAAUCAAUGGGGUCCAAAACUUUCAAACUCCAAAAAGAACGUGAAGGCAGCAUAAAGAUCAUCUAUACCAUUUGAGUAAUUUAAUCCAUGUCUUCUGAAGCAAUAGGAUCGAUUUCAGGGAUUGUCCCACUUCAGAAGACAUGGAUUAAACCACUCAAGUCGUAUGGGAUACUUUUAUGCUGUCUUUAUGUCCUUUUUCGAGCUUGAAAGUUUUGGACCCCAUGAACAAAGAUGCCUCAAACAUUCUUCAAGAUUUGUAGAUAAUUUACCUCUUUCAAGAAUGACUUCAGUAUGGCAAGCGUUAUCUCACCUGAUCAGCCAGUGGAUGGACGUACAAGGAAUUUUGAUAUUUCUGAUUGUGCUGCUUUUGGUGAAACAUCUGUGUGAUGUUUGUUCAAAGAACAUGCCGCCUGGUCCCUUCCCUCUGCCUUUCAUUGGAAACAUUUUGAAUUUAGGCUUUAAAGAUCCACUGGGUUCCUUCCAAAGGAUCGCUGAGCGGUAUGGUGGUGUGUGCACCAUUUAUUUUGGAGACAAACCUUUAAUACUGCUCACUGGAAUGAAGACUUUCAAAGAGGCAUUUGUGGAGCAGGCGGACAUCUUCACUGACCGGCCGAACUUCCCUUUAAAUGACAAGCUCAGUAAAGGGAAAGGUCUGAUCAUGUCUAAUGGACACAUGUGGCGUCAACAGAGGCGUUUUGCUCUGUCCACACUGAAGUAUUUUGGUGUGGGGAAGAAAACUCUAGAAAACUCCAUUCUGCAGGAGUGUCGCUUUCUCUGUGACACUGUACACACUGAACGCGGUCUGCCCUUUAAUCCUCACCAUCUUUUGACCAAUGCAGUGGCUAAUAUAAUCAGUGGCUUGGUGUUUGGCCACAGGUUUGAGUAUGGUGACCAUAAAUUCCAUCUGAUGCAGCAGUAUAUUGAUGACAUCUUACAGCUUCCUCUCUCUAACUGUGGUCGGUUAUAUAAUCAGUUUCCCAAACUGAUGUCCUUGCUUCCAGGACAACACCAGACUGCAUUUUCCAGCAUGUCUAAGCUUCAGCCCUUCAUGCAUGAGGAAAUCAACAAACACAAGGAGGAGAGAGACCCGUCCAAUCCCAGAGACUACAUUGACUGUUAUCUGGAUGAAAUUGAGAAGUGUAAGGACAAUGCAGCAGAGUUCACAGAGGAAAACCUCAUUCAAUGUGUGGUGGAUCUGUUUUCAGCAGGCACAGAAACCACCUCUAAUACACUCAGAUGGGCAGUACUCUACAUGGCCAAGUAUCCAGAAGUACAGGAGAAAGUCCAGUCUGAGAUUGAUCAGGUGAUCGGACAGACACGUCAACCCUUGAUGGAUGACCGAACAAACCUGCCGUACACCUACGCUGUGAUCCAUGAGAUUCAGAGAUUUGCAAACAUCGCUACCUUUACGCCUCCACGAGUGGCCAACAAGGACACCACAGUGGCAGGAUGUCUCAUUCCAAAGGGAGUGAUAGUGAUGCCAAUGCUGAAGACAAUCCAGCUGGACAAGAAUGAAUACAGAACGCCUUAUGAAUUCAACCCUGCACAUUUUCUGGAUGAAAAUAGCAAAUUUGUGAAGAAAGAACAUUUCAUACCAUUUUCAAUUGGUAAGAGGAUGUGUCCAGGUGAGCAGCUCGCUCGAAUGGAGCUCUUUCUCUUUUUCACGUGUCUCAUGCAGCAUUUUACCUUCCUGCCGCUUGAGGGACAGACGCUGAGUCUGAAAGGAACUGUUAGUGUCACCUCCGGGCCUAAACCCUUUCAGAUAUGUGCUGUACCUCGAUAGGGUAGAAUUAGAAUCAGCUAAGUCAGUGUUUAUCCAAAACAACAUAACAUUAAUUCAUGGUAUACACUCACUGAGUACUUUAUUAGGAACACAAUUCUACAGUAAUUCUGGGUAGGGCCUCCCUUUGCACUCAAAACAGCCUCAGUUAUUUAACAUCACAAUUUCUGCAGAUUUGUCAGCAGCACAUUCAUGCUACGAAUCUCCCAUUCAACCACCUCCCAAAGGUGUUAUAUUGCAUUCAGAUCCAGUGACUGGGAAGACCACUGAAGAACAGUGAACUUAUUGUCAUGUUCAUGAAACCAGUUUGAGAUGACUUUUGCUUUGUGACACGGUGCAAGUAGCCGUUGGAAGAUGGGAACAUUUUGGCCAUGAAGGGAUGCACAUGGUCAGCAACAAUACUGAAAUAGGCUGUGGCAUUCAAGCGAUGAUUGAUUGAUUGGUAUUAAUGGACCCAAAGUGUGCCAAGAAAGCAUUCCCCACACCAUUAAACAACCGCCACCAGCCUGGACUGUAGACACAAGGCAGGUUGGGUCCAUGGAUUCAAAGAUUUGAUGCCAAAUUCUGACCCCAGAGAAGAUAGAGAAGAUGGUUGGAUAGAGAAUGGGUAACGACUAACAAAUUAUCAGUGUUUAUUGAUUUUCUCUUAAAGCAAAUAUUGAGUGAUAGUCCCAAGUCAGCCAUAAUUGAUUGUGAUGAUCUGUAAACUAUCAGCAGCACCAUACUUGUCAAGCAGUACAGAUAUAAUAUGCUAAUGUGUUUGUUUGUUGCUAGCUAGCACCAUGCUGCAAGGUUCAAUGGAGUUGUAUAAACAGAUUAAUUUAAGAUCGACUAACUCAAUUAAUUUACGUUUUAGCUACACAAAGUAUUUGAACAGAGCCUACAUUUCUGUUUCAUAUUAACCUAAAUUCAAUUGUGUGGAGCUAAUGUACACAAUUGACCCUUCGCUAAGCCACCCCCCCGGUUACGGUUGCUCGCUCUCUAACAAGCUCUGCAGAUCUCACAGAGAAAUGGCGGCGGGGCAACUGUUGCUAAGACAGGAUUGGUCAGAAACGAUAUUAAGGGCGGGGCUUAGUGAAGGGUCAAUUGAAUUAAGUUAAACCAACCAUUGUUUUAUUCUUCAGUGUGUAUCUUGUGAAUACAAUAUCCAAAGUUCAUAAAAGUUUGUACACAUUGGCAUCAGGACAAUGUGAAGACAUGUACCAAAUCUCAUCAAUUUCUGUUGCUGCAAUGCAGAAAUUCUCAAACAGUGGGAUUUUCUUUUGUUCUUUUCUUUACCAAAAGAUAAAAGUGAAAUAAGUGAUUUGGUUCAUUUUAUAAUGCCCCCAGCUGUCAAUAAGGAUGUUCUUUCCACCCUGUUUAACACUUUUUUUUCCCCCAUAUAUACAUUAUCUCACAAAAGUGAGUACACCCCUCACAUUUGUGUAAAUAUUUGAUUAUAUCUUUUCAUGUGACAACACUGAAGAAAUGACACUUUGCUACAAUGUAAAGUAGUGAGUGUACAGCUUGUAUAACAGUGUACAUUUUCUGUCCCCUCAAAAUAACUCAACACACAGCCAUUAAUGUCUAAACCGCUGGCAACAAAAGUGAGUACACCCCUAAGUGAAAAUGUCCAAAUUGGGCCCAAAUUGUCAAUAUUUUGUGUGGCCACCAUUAUUUUGCAGCACUGCUUUAACCCUCUUUGGCCAUGGAGUUCACCAGAGCUUCACAGGUUGCCACUGGAGUCCUCUUCCACUCUGUUCACUCUGUUGUGUCGGUCAUGCAUCAUCAUGUAACAAAAACAGAAAAGUUGUUUCAAAAGCUGUAGAAUAAGACAUGUCCUGACAUCACCCAUGUGAUGUUACAUUGCAAUGGGUUCAAAACUGGUUUCAAACAUUGAUUUCUUUACAAAAACUGGUGAGCACAUCAGCAUCAGUUUCAAACCAUUCCACAGCAAGAUGGGCAAAUAUAUGAUUUAGCUCAAAACAGGAAACAUUGCCGUGAUUUUGUGGUAGCCGUUCAGUCAAAGAUCACAAGAGUGAGAGAUCGCAAUUAGCCCAUUCAACAUUAAAGAUAGAUGAGCUUCUAACUGAACUGACCAUCCUGCUUCUCACCACAUAGUGCUACAGUAUAGGAUAUUGCCUUGUAAUUUAUUGCAAAAACAAUAAACCCUUAAAAUGAUGUUAACUUUUCCAGGCA